CUUAUAAUUAAAAUUGAUUUUAUAUAUUAUUAUUAUUAUUCCUGGUGAUCACAGUUUUAUAUGUCAAAUUUGAUCCCGCCCAAUAAUGACAGCCUUUCCACCUAAUGCACUGAGAGUGAGAGAAUUGGGUUUCACAGAGAAGCAAGAAGCUUUGGUGAAAGAAUCAUGGAAGGUGAUGAAGCAAAAUAUUCCUGAGCACAGCCUCCGUUUCUUCACCUUGAUCCUGGAGAUGGCACCAGCAGUGAAGAACAUGUUCCCCUUUCUGAAAGACUCUGAUGAAAUACCACAAAAUAAUCCUAAGCUCAAGGCCCACGCUUUCAUCGUUUUCAAGAUGACAUGCAACUCAGCUAUUCAAUUGCGGGAGAAAGGUCAAGUGGUGCUGCGCGAUGUCCCUCUGAAGCAUUUAGGGUCAGUCCAUCUCGAGAAAGGAGUCGUCGAUUCCCAUUUUGAGGUGGUGAAAGAAGCGCUACUAGGAACAAUCAAAGAGGCAGUUGGAGAAAGUUGGAGUGAUGAGAUGGGCGGAGCCUGGGGUGAAGCCUACGAUCAGUUGGCUGCAACUAUCAAGACUCAGAUGGAAGAAGAAGCUGCUCAGCCUCAGUUAUCUUCAAAUUAACUUUUCUAUGUAUAUAUAUACUAGUGGCAUUUGAACGUGUUAUGCUCAUUCUCCACACCGUUUGCAAAAGAUAAUUUGAAGACUUUUAACUCCCA